CCUGAACAGCCAGUGACUUCUGGCAUUUGCGUGCGCAUCAACACGGGCGCACCGGUGCCUGCCGGUGCUGAUGCUGUGGUACAAGUUGAAGACACCGAACUGGUGGAAGCAUCCAAGGAUGGCAGCACGGAAAUUCAGAUCAAGAUUCUCACGUGUCCUAAAGUAGGCCAAGAUAUCAGGCCUGUGGGAUCUGAUAUAGAACAGGGUCAGGAAAUCCUUUGUGCCCAUCAAAGACUGGGACCAGCAGAGCUUGGGCUGUUAGCAGCAGCAGGGGUCACGGUGGUCAAGUGUUAUGCUCAACCAACUGUAGGGGUCAUGUCUACAGGCAAUGAGCUGGCUGAGCCUGAUGCAGCUCUCACAGCGGGAAAGAUUAGGGACAGUAAUAGAACAGCUCUGCUGGCACAGAUGAAGGAGGUCGGUGUUCCCUUUGUGGACCUGGGCAUUGCCAGAGAUAAACCAGAUGCUCUUCUGCAGAGUUUCACAGAUGCCCUGGACCGUGUAGAUAUCAUAGUUACCACAGGGGGGGUGUCGAUGGGAGACAAGGACUACCUGAAGCAGGUGCUUGUGGAUGACCUGAAGGCAAAGCUGCAUUUUGCCAGGGUGUUUAUGAAACCAGGGAAGCCAACAACGUUUGCCACAAUGGAGCACAAAGGCAAGCCAAAACUAAUAUUUGGCCUACCUGGCAAUCCGGUGUCUGCUUUAGUUACCUGCAAUUUAUAUGUGAUCCCAGCUUUGCGAAAGAUGUCUGGUUGUCUCCAAGCUCAGAGAACUGUCAUGAAAGUCAAGGUCGAUCAAGACUUGGCACUGGACGCCAGACCAGAGUACCACCGAGCAGUUCUUACAUUUGACAAAGGAGAGGUUGCACCUACAGCACACACAACUGGCAACCAGAUCAGCUCCCGUCUGCUGAGCAUGAGCUCUGCCAGUGUCUUGAUGGUGCUGCCACCUAUCUCAGAUACACUGAGCUGCAUAAAGAAGGGGUCAUUGGUCGAUGCUAUUGUCAUCGGUUACAUGUAA